AUGGCGUUGAAAUUACCGUUUUUGCAGGUAGAUGUCUUUACCAGCUCACCAUUUAAAGGAAAUCCCGUUGCUGUUGUCAAUUGCAUGGGAAUCGAUGAGAGUUUAGUAUCUGACCAGCAGCUACAGGCAAUCGCCAACUGGACAAACCUAUCAGAAACUACAUUCCUCUUCAAAGCUACUACCGACAGAUGUGAUUACAAACUGAGAAUCUUCACUCCAACGAUGGAGCUGCCAUUUGCUGGACACCCUACAAUUGGUUCUUGCAAGGCGUUCUUGCAGUUCACUGGACAGAAGAAUGCGAAAUCCUUAAUGCAAGAAUGCCAAUUGGGUAUCGUCAGUUUGACCAUUUCCGAUGAAGGUAAGAUCUCGUUCAAAGCAGAAAGAGCUGACGUCGAAGAGAUUCCGCAAGAUGCCAUUGAUGAGUAUCGGAAAAGUCUGCAGAUUGACUGCUUGGCGGCUCCCAAGCUGUUGCAAGUAGGCCCCGCAUGGGUUGUGUACCUCGCUGCCGAUGCAGAGUCCUGCUAUAAUGCAAAUCCUGACUUUGCUCAGAUGGCCGCAACUAACACUAGAUAUGGACAUAGUGGGAUCAUCCUAGCUGGCAAAAAGCCAGGCUCGUCGCAGGACUAUGAGAUGAGAGCUUUUGCUCCAACCGAUUGCGUCCUCGAAGAUCCCGUAUGCGGGAGUGGAUCGAUCGCCCUCAUUAGAUAUCUACAAGAUCUGCACAGAUUUUCAGAAACCACCAAUGUUAGCAUUACGCAAGGUGGGAGAUUAAAAAGACAAGGCCAGAUUUUUUGCCAGAUAAAGGCUAACGGAGAUGGGAAAUUCUCCUACAUCUCAGAAGGUAAUGCUAUCAUCGUUAUUGAGGGCUCUAUAAAUAUCUGA